UAUAUAAAGCACAUCAGGCUUAUCGGUGCGUGCACUCCUGACUUCCAUUUGGAGAUAUUUCAUUAACUGCACAGUGUCUUAACUCAAGCUACACCACUUACCCUCUUCCGUCAGUCGCCAGAGGAUUGGCAAACUGGUGCAGCAACUUUCCUGCGUUCACUGCAUCCACUGCCCCAGAACAUGUCGUUGACCAACACAAAGACGGGCUUUUCAGUGAAGGACAUUUUGGACCUCCCUGACACUAACGAUGAGGAAGGAUCUAUCACUGGGACCGAGGAGGAUACGGAGGGUUCGGAGGCAGCCAAAACGCCCGGAGUGCUGGUGCAAAGUCCGCUAGAGAACGUCCAAAACCUGCCUUUAAAGACCCCUUUUUAUGAUAACGCUGACAAUCCUUACACCAGGUGGCUUGCAACUACCGACAGCAUCCAGUACUCAUUGCACGGACUCUCCGCAAACUCCCAAGACUCUUCAGCAAAAUCCCCGGAGCCCUCCGCGGACGAGUCUCCGGACAACGACAAGGAAACUUCGAGCAGCGGCAGCGACUCUGGUAAGAAGCGAAAAAGGAGGGUGCUGUUUUCCAAGGCGCAGACGUACGAACUUGAGCGCCGGUUCAGGCAGCAGCGGUACCUUUCGGCGCCCGAGAGGGAGCACCUCGCCAGCCUGAUCCGCCUGACGCCCACCCAAGUGAAAAUCUGGUUCCAGAACCACCGGUACAAAAUGAAGAGGGCUCGCGCGGAGAAAGGUAUGGAGGUGACCCACCUGCCCUCCCCCCGGCGGGUGGCCGUGCCUGUGUUAGUCAGGGACGGCAAGCCGUGCCACACGCUAAAAGCUCAGGACCUGGCGGCCACCUUUCAGGCUGGCAUCCCCUUCUCGGCGUACAGCGCCCAGUCUCUCCAGCACAUGCAGUACAAUGCACAUUACAGCGCCGCCACCACGCCGCAGUUCCCCACGGCGCAUCACUUGGUGCAGACGCAACAGUGGACUUGGUGAGCCGUUAGGGACUCUGCCAGGGCUGCAUUUUAAAGACCUUGUUAGGGAGUUUUCCAAAACGAAAAAGGAAAAAAAAAAUACAAAAAACAAAGAGAGAAAAGAAAGAAAAAAAAAGAAAAGAAAAAGACUUUUGGUUCCGCAGCUUGACCCAUCGUCACCGUUUUAUUUUCGGGGCUGAUGUGUGCGCCGUGUUUACAUGUUUUCGUCCAGAAAACCGGGUCCAGCCUCUCUCCCCCCUCAGAUCUAAGAAUGUUAAAGCUCUUGUGAAAUUUUGUAAAAUAUGUUUGUGUGUUGUAGAAAUGUUUUCCUUUUUUGUCCCUCGUGUUAUAAGCACGUACAAGACCACUUUAUAAUUAUAGAAAAUUUUAUUUCUUGCUCUUUUUUUCUCCAAUGGACCGAAUAUAUUUAUGGCCAUGAAUAAAACAUUGGCAACUUUUAGCUUA